CUGAGAGCCCAGGUUUGCGAAAUGCUCUUGUUUUGUUUUUGAGACAGACAUUCUAUACUUCUCUUCUUCACUUUGACACUUUUUUACUGUAACACAGUAGAAACGUUGCCCAGCAUGUCUUCGUCACCGCACAAGGAUGAGGUGAACUAUGAGACGAAGGACGAGACUACGGUCACUGUACCUCACGAUGAGGAGACAGGCACAACCACGGGCGAGGGCCACCUCAAGCGUGAUCUCCGCAGUCGACACAUGCAGAUGAUUGCCAUUGGAGGUGCCAUCGGUGCUGGUCUGUUCGUCGGUUCUGGUAGUGCUCUUCACAAGGGAGGUCCCGCGUCGCUGGUAAUUGGCUGUAAGAUACUCCCCCGCUGACUCGAUGUCGCGCAAUGACCAACACAAUUUAGAUCUCAUCAUCGGUGUCAUGUUGCUCUGCACCAACCUGGCCCUCGCCGAGAUGGCUGUUCUGUACCCCGUCAACGGUGCCUUCUACACCUACAUUGUCCGCUUCGUCGAUCCCUCUUGGGGCUUCGCCUGCGGUUGGGAAUAUGCUCUGUCCUGGCUCACGGUUCUCCCCUUCGAGUUGAUCGCUGCGUCAAAGACCAUUGAGUUCUGGCGCACUGACAUCCACAUGGCUGUUUGGGUCACUGUCUUCCUUGUCGCUCUCACCAUUGUUCAGAUCUUUGGUGUUCGUGGUUACGGAGAGGUCGAAUUCGUCCUGUCCGCCAUCAAGAUCUGCGCUUGCUUGGGAUUCAUCAUCCUCGGUAUCAUCAUCAACUGUGGCGGUGUCGGUGAUCAGGGCUACCUCGGUACCAAGUACUGGCACGACCCUGGUGCUUUCACCAACUUCAAGGGCUUCUGCGCUGUCUUCACCGUUGCUGCCUUCGCUUUCGGUGGUACUGAAAUGGUUGGCCUCGCUGCCGCUGAGACUGCUAACCCCCGAAAGUCUGUUCCCACUGCCUCCAAGCAGGUCUUUUGGCGUAUUGCUCUCUUCUACGUCAUCAACCUUUUCAUUGUCGGAAUCAUUCUCCGAUCUGAUGAUGAGCGUCUCCUCGGUGCUUCUGGCGCCAACACAAAGGCCUCGCCUUUCGUCCUCGCCAUUCAAGAUGCAGGCAUCAAGGUUCUGCCCUCCAUCUUCAACGCCGUCAUCACCAUCUCCGUCUUGUCCGUCGCCAACUCGUGUACCUUUGGUUCAACCCGUACCAUGCAGGCUAUGGCCAUGCGUGGCCAUGCCCCCAAGUUCCUGAACUACAUUGAUGGCAAGGGUCGCCCCAUCUACUGUGUCAUCAUUCAGCUUGCUUUCGGUCUGCUGGCUUAUGUCGGAGAGUCCAAGAAGGGCGGUACCAUCUUUGACUGGCUUCUGGCUUUGUCCGGUCUUGCAUUCCUCUUCGUUUGGGGCACCAUCUGCCUCGCUCACGCCCGCAUGCGAUCUGGUUUCAAGGCCCAGGGCAUUGAUCUUAACCUUGUCCCUUACAAGACUCCUUUCGGUGUUUGGGGCAGCUAUCUCGGCGUCUUCCUCAACGUUAUUGCUCUUGUUGCCACUUUCUACUCUUCGCUCUACGCUCCCGAUGGCUCCCCUCCCAAUGCCGAGGCUUUCUUCAUGUCUUUCCUCGCUGGUCCCAUCAUUCUUGUCCUCUACCUUGGUUACAAGGUCUACUCUCGCGACUGGAAGUUGUACGUUAAGGCCAUUGAUAUGGAUCUCCAGACUGGUAUUGUCCUCCUCGAUGAGCCCGAGCAUGAGAUUCCCUGGUCGUGGAAGAAUGCGCCAAGGCGCUUGCUCUCGGCUAUUAUCUAGAUACCUUGGCAGAAAUUGUCUUUAAAUAGUUUGCUCCGGGGCACAGUAGUUUAAAUCUCAUUCAAUAUACCUCCGUCUUACUGUCCUCAAUGUCAUGUUACCCCAAAUCUAUCCGACCGGCAACAACGCAAGCGACCGAAGGGCUAGGAUCGGCUAUUAUAUGAAUCUUAAUUCCAAUCUUCCCCAGCUUUCCCCGCAGAUCGACUCGCAUUAUUUCUCCUUUCGGAUUCUUGCCUUACGGCCCUGCAUUGCUACAGGCGCGCAUAUUUCGCAGUCUUACGUUCCA